AUGAAGAGACCACGCAGCCUGAUAGAGGAGGAGAUGGUGGAGAUAGAUGAAGUCCAAAUUAAUGCGAGCUUUCCAGACCACAGAGUCCGGAUUGGAGCACAACUCGAACCAGAGCUCAGAGAGAAGCUUAUCAACUUCCUAUCUGAUUAUUACGAUUGUUUCGCUUGGUCCCAUGAGGACAUGACGGGGAUUGACCCUAAAAUUAUUGUUCACAGGUUGCAGGUCGCCCCGGAAUACCCGCCGAGAAAACAGAAACGGAGAAAGUUUGCGCCAGAAAGGAAUCAAGUGGUGAAUGAUGAAUUCACGAAGCUCCUUAAGAAUGGACUGAUCCGGGAAGUCCACUAUCCUGAAUGGCUCGCAAACGUGGUGGUAGUCAAGAAAAAGAAUAACAAGUGGCGGGUAUGCAUUGAUUUCACUGACCUCAACAAGGCAUGCCCGAAAGACUCGUUCCCACUGCCACACAUCGACAUGCUAGUGGAUGCGACAGCAGGCCAUGAACUGAUGAGUUUCAUGGACGCAUAUUCAGGAUACCAUCAGAUACGGAUGCACCCUGACGACGAGGAGAAGACGACCUUCAUGACCAACAUAGCAUUAUAUUGCUACAAGUAUAUGCCAUUCGGGUUGAAGAACGCGGGAGCAACUUAUCAGCGCCUGGUCAAUCAGAUGUUUGCAAGUUUGUUGAGGCAAACAAUGGAAGUCUACAUCGACGACAUGUUGGUAAAGUCCAUCCACGCGAAGGAUCACAUUGAUCACUUGAGGGAGACGUUUGAAAUUCUUAGAAAAUACAAUAUGAAGCUAAAUCCCACUAAAUGUUCUUUUGGUGUCAAUGCAGGGAAGUUCUUAGGUUACAUGGUUACUCAGCGGGGAAUAGAGGCAAACCCGGCUCAGAUUGAGUCAAUCCAGGGAAUCCCUUCCCCCACUUGCGUGAAGGACAAGUCAAGAACGUUUGAGUGGACAGAAGAAUGUGAGGAAGCGCUAAAGCAACUCAAGCAAUACUUGACUAGCCCACCUUUACUCGCAAAACUGAAAGACCACGAGACCUUAUUGGUAUAUCUAGCCGUCUCUGAUACAGCCGUCAGUGUCGUGCUGGUCAGAGAGGAAGAUGGGAAACAAUCACCAAUCUACUAUGUGAGCAAAUCACUACUUGAUGCAGAGACCCGAUACAGCCAGCUAGAGAAGUUGGCCCUCGCAUUGGUCCACGCAGCAAGAAAGUUACGUCCGUACUUCCAGUGUCAUCCGAUCAUAGUUGCCACCACGUAUCCCUUAAAGGCCAUACUCCAUAAGCCGGAAUUAUCCGAUCGACUGACAAAGUGGGCAGUGGAGUUGAGUGAAUACGACAUCACAUACAAACCACGGACCGCACUUAAAUCUCAGGUAUUAGCCGAUUUUGUUGUUGACUUUGCACCUAACCUUACUAUACAGGCCGACAAAGAGUUAUGCUGUCUGACGGAAGAACCCGACCAAACUGGAACUUGGAAACUAUAUGUUGAUGGAUCCAGCAACGUACGAGGGAGUGGACUUGGAAUCGUCCUUUCAUCACCACGAGGUGACAACAUCGAGCGAUCAAUCCGAUGUAAUUUCAAAACAACCAACAAUGAAGCUGAGUACGAAGCCAUGCUAUCCGGACUCGGACUAGCCAAGGAAAUUGGGGUAAAACGUAUUAACGUAUUUAGUGAUUCUCAGCUUGUAGUUAACCAAAUGCAGGGAACUUUUCAAGCCAAAGACACUAAGAUGACGGCUUAUCUGGGCAAGACGAAAGAGCUCCAAUCUUGCUUCGAGGAAUUCACCAUCAACCAAGUGCCUAGGGGGAGAAUGGUCAUGCUGAUGCUUUGGCCAACCUGGGCAAUCCAAAAGGAUGAGGCCAAAGAACAGGUGACCGAAGUAUCAGUCGAACGAACAUGGAUGACCCCCAUAAUGGAAUAUCUUGAGAAAGAUAUACUCCCGGAUGAUCGAAACGAGGCACGACGGCUUAAAGCUCAAGCAGCAUGGUUCUGCAUCAUCCGAGGUAAACUGUAUAAACGUUCAUUUACUGGUCCCUACUUGAAAUGCAUUAACCCUGCAGAAGCAAGAUACGUCUUGUCCGAGUUACACGAAGGGGAAUGUGACAACCACUCAGGAGGAAGAAGCCUCGCGCACCGCGCAAUAACCAAUGGCUACUACUGGCCCACCAUGAAAGCAGACGCGGCGGAUUACGCCAGAAAAUGCGACAAGUGUCAACGGUUCGCCCAGAUAUCACAUCUGCCCCCAGAGCCGAUGACUGCUAUCACUUCACCAUGGCCAUUCAUGAAAUGGGGGAUGGACAUUGUAGGCAAAUUGCCCACUGCACCCGGUCAGAAGGUAUAUAUGUUAGCGGUAACUGACUAUUUUAGCAAAUGGAUAGAAGCAGACUCCUUUCACCAAGUCCGUGACAAAGAAGUCAAGGGAUUCAUAUGGAAGAACGUGAUCUGCCGGUAUGGAGUGCCCAAAGAGAUUGUCACGGAUAACGGAUCACAAUUCAUCAGCGCGGACUUCCAGGACUUUUGUAAGUUCUGGAAUAUAAAGCUGAGCUUCUCAACACCAAGAUAUCCUCAGGCAAAUGGACAAGCGGCGUUUUCCAACAAAACCAUCAUGAACACCCUGAAGAAACGGCUAGAAAAGGCCAAAGGCAAAUGGGCAGAUGAGUUACCAGGCGUAUUAUGGUCCUACCGAACAACUACAAGAACAUCGACAGGGGAAACACCGUUCUCCCUUGCCUAUGGGAUGGAGGCAGUAAUCCCAACAGAAAGUGAAGUACCCACCGCCAGAUACGAGCUCACGACAGACAACGAGAAUCAAGAAGCUAUGUGCCAUGAAUUAGAUCUCCUCGACGAGAAACGAAACACAGCAAAUAUUCGAUUAGCAUCGUAUCAACAAAGCAUUGCCAGGCACUACAAUAAGCAUAUCUGUACUCGCACGUUCAAGCCGGGUGACUGGGUAUUUCGAAAGGUGUUCCAGAAUACCAAGGAAAUAGGUGCGGGCAAAUUAGCCCCGAAUUGGGAAGGACCAUACCUGAUCACCAAAGUGGUUGGACAUGGAGCAUACAGAUUGCAAUCGACAGACGGACGUGACAUCAACAACAGUUGGAACGCCAUCCAUCUCAAACAGUAUCACGCUUGA